AGCAAAAAACCCUAAGAGGAUGGGAAUUAUAUUAGAGUUAAUGGAUACGAACUUAAAGUCAUAUCUUCAAGCUUUUACAGAUAGUACAAACUCGACUUUACUCACUGUGGAUGCAGGGAUCAAAUUAGCAUCAGAUAUUUGCACUGCCUGUGUUUACCUAGAAAAUAACAAAUUUGUUCACAGGGACAUCGCGGCUAGAAACUGUCUAGUCAAGUCAGUAAGACCCGAUGUCGUUGUAAAAAUAGGUGACUUUGGAAUGGCAAGAAGAACCUCUGUAUCGGAGUACUAUAAAAAAGAAGGAACAGCCAUGCUUCCCGUGCGAUGGCUUCCACCUGAAGCUUUAUCUGGAGUAUUUACCUCAAAAUCAGAUGUCUGGGCAUUCGGAGUUCUUGUUUGGGAAAUAUUUACCGGCGGUUGUUUGCCCUAUCCCGGGAUGUCUAUAUCUGAGGUCUUCAUAGUUAUUAAACAAGGAGGAAACAUGGCAGCUUACAGACCAACUAAAUGCCCAGAUGAUGUUUGGAGAAUCCUUACAAAAUGCUGGAGUUACAACUCUGAGGAGAGACCGUCAUUUACGGAACUUGAAACUAUUCUGAAACAGAGAGGAAGAGGCUUGCCAUCCUUGCAUACACAGGGAAAUGAUAAGAAUGCUUUAAUUACCCAAAGCUAUUUAGAAGAGGAGAGUGAAUGUCUUCUAUGUCAAUAA